AUGGGGGCUUCUCUAGCUGUUGUCACCGAUGAGGCAGAAGAUGAGUUCGUUUGUAACCUAAUAAAAUCAAAACAAUCACAUGCAUGGCUUGGAGCGUCAGACGAAGAUCUGGAAGGCUCUUGGCUCUGGGUAACUGGAACGGAGUGGAACUUUACGCUCUGGAUGGAGUCAAACCAAAUUUUCGAACAAAAUGACUGUCUUCUCCGAUCACAGUACGGAUGGGAGGACCAUGAUUGUACUGAUAUAGCUGCGUACGUGUGCGAGUAA